AGAUGCCAGAUGCACAAGUUAAUUUUGUCUUGUUAGGCUGCAGCCUUGAGUGUGCUGCGGAGUACAGAUAAAGGACACACCCACGCAGUACCAUCCUUGAUAGAUAGGUCACUGAUAAGUCCUGCAACAAAAGUAACUGUCAGAAAAUUCACACGAGUUCUUGUGAUUCAAACCCAGCUGUGCAGAUGGUUGUGUGCGUGUCUCUGCCAGAGCCAGUGAUGGUCGACCAACUGUCUCCACAACAAGGGCACCCACUGCUGAACAAGGUGCCCCAAGGGAGUCUCCCCAAUGGGAAAGGGGCCACCAAAGAUGGCUUGCACGCCAGGGGCCAGUGGGCGAGCAAAGCUGAGUUCCUUCUGGCUGUGGCGGGGCAGAUUAUAGGUCUGGGAAACGUCUGGAGGUUCCCUUACCUCUGCUACAAGAAUGGAGGAGGUGUGUUCUUUGUACCUUACCUGUUGUUCCUGGUGCUGUGCGGCAUCCCCCUGUUCCUCCUGGAGACCUCGCUGGGACAGUACACCAGCCUGGGAGGGGUCAGUGCCUGGAGGACCAUAUGCCCGUUAUUUGGAGGUCUGGGAUAUGCAAGUCAGGUGAUGAUCCUGCACGGCUGUGUGUACUACAUCGUCAUCCUGGCCUGGGCUGUCUUCUACCUGACCUACAGCUUCCAGGAGGUGCUGCCAUGGUCGCAUUGUAACAACACCUGGAACACCAAUUCUUGUUUCCUGUUUGAUCACCACAACCAGACAGCUACUGGGAGUAACCUCCCUGAGAACGCCACUUCACCCGUUAUGGAGUUUUGGGAGCGGGAGGUGCUCCACCUGUCCAACACUCUAGAUGAGCUGGGUCCGAUCAACUGGAAACUGGCUCUGUGUCUGGCCAGCGUCUGGCUCGUCUGUUACUUCUGUGUUUGGAAGGGAGUCAAGUCAACUGGAAAGGUGGUGUACCUGACAGCCACCUUUCCGUAUGUCAUGCUGUUUGUGCUGCUGGUGCGCGGUGCCACCCUGCCAGGAGCGACCCAGGGCAUCAUCUACUACCUCAAACCCAACCACACCAGACUGGCAGACCCACAGGUAUGGAUGGAUGCAGGUACCCAGAUCUUUUUCUCUUAUGGAAUCUGUUUGGGGAGUCUCACAGCCCUGGGCAGUUACAACAAAUACAACAAUGACUGCUAUAAGGAUUCUUUCCUGUUGUGCCUUCUGAACAGUAGCACCAGUUUUCUGGCUGGGUUUGCUAUCUUUUCUGUGCUGGGCUUCAUGGCUGAGGAGCAGGGAGUGGACAUCAGUACCGUGGCCCAGUCAGGUCCAGGCCUUGCUUUUAUCGCAUACCCCAGAGCCGUAGCCAUGAUGCCUCUGCCACAACUCUGGGCCGUGUGCUUCUUCCUCAUGAUCAUCAUGUUGGGGCUGGACACACAGUUUGUGAGUCUUGAAGCCCUGAUGACGUCAGUAACUGACCUGUACCCUCAUCUGAUCAGGCGAGGCCACCGCAGAGAGCUGCUGCUAAUGUUUGUCUGCAUCGUCUGCUUCCUGGUUGGACUGGUCAUGGUCACGCCGGGCGGCCUCUAUGUGUUCCAGAUCUAUGACCACUUCUCCUGCAGUGGAGCCAGUCUGCUGCUCCUCUCCAUCUUCCAGUCUCUGGCCAUCGGCUGGUUCUAUGGAGCGGAGCGUUUCAGUGCCAACAUCAGGGAUAUGACUGGCUACAACCCCCUGUCUGUCUUCAGGCUGUGUUGGAAAUACCUGACCCCAGCUGUGUGCACUGCUACCUUUGUGUUUUCCCUGGUGCGUUGGUCCCCAUUGAGCCUGGGGAAAGGCCUGGUGGCUCCAGCCUGGGCCACCACUCUGGGAUGGAUCCUCACCCUUUCUUCCGUGUUGCUGCUCCCUAUUUGGGCCAUCUAUGCCUUUGUCACCACCCCAGGAACCCUGACACAGCGUUUCCAGCGUCUGUGUAGUCCCACCAUAGACUCAAAAAUGCCCUUCCACUGCCCCCACACCAACAACGCUACUGUGGCCUACAGCUCUCCACUGCCUCUGAAUGAGAAGUCAAAAGAAUCCAACGGCGACAUCCAGGAUAAUAUAAUAAUAUGAUCACUGACAACUAAACAUCAGAUGGUGUUCAGCCAGUCAGGUGUGGCAACACAGGGAACAACUCUUCUUAAACAACAGACACUCCUCAUUCGCAGCCUUCCCCUACUCCAUUUCUCCAUGUUGUCAUUUUUAUUUCUUGGUGAAACCUUUGUAUAAGUGGACCAUAAGCACAGCAAUAACAGCGUGAUCAUUAUGUGGCCUAACUUUUUACUCUCUGUGAGAGAUCACUGCUUGCAUUAGCAUCUCUGUUUAGCUUUGACUCGUUUGGGUGCAAAUAUCAUCUGAAAUGACUCUAUGAGUCAGACAUGUUUUAUACAUUGAUUUGACUUUUUGUACUUUAGCUUCAUCAUCUGUGAUCGCCAUAUCAUGGAGUUAUAAUGGUUUAUAACAGGCUUUGUGUCAAGAAAAAGUAAUGCUAAUGCAAGAUUGCAGUAGGAGUGUAAUGAUUCUGCAGAUCCAGUUCAGUUCAAUACCUGAUUUUUAUAGCUGUUUUUCAGUUCAUAAAUCAUUAACACAAAACAGAUACAGAAACUGCCACUCCAGACCACAGACAUCUCGCAGAUUAGGUCUUGAUUCCAGAAUCAUUACACAACAACUAUCCAGUACUCAAGGUUAUCUUUAAGCCACUGACAAUGCAGUAAUGUCUUCUUAUUUUGACUAAGCAGUGAAUUUUAUUUGUGUUUGUUUUGUUUGUUGUGUUGUUUACUGUCUUGUAUGCACAAAUUCUUGUAAAAUGCAUUUUUAUGCGCUGUACCUAAGGCAACUAUCAUGUCAUGCUGACAUGCAAUCAUCACAUCUAUUCCAUUUCCACUCUACUGCUGCUGUUGUGUAUAAAAAAUAUUAUUUAAUGUAAGUUUGAGUUUCAGUAAAGAAUGGGGAUUUUUAGGUUUUCUGAGAGGGAUUUAGUGGAACUUUUUCUGGGGGGAAAAACGGGUGUAAAUCUCUUUCAAGUCUUGAUAGCACAUUUUCAGUCUGAACAGUUGUGAUUUAUUUGAACAGGUUUGGAGAUCAGUAAACGAAGGUUGUUUAUGCAGAAAUAAAAGUGCACUGUGGGGUUUUACAUGAACAUUAAUGUAACAGAUUUCUGAUGUACUCAAGCCAUGUGGCGUCUUCUCGGAGACUCUAUGCACUUCGCUGUUCUGUCAUCUCGGUUUACAGAUGUACCUCAUUGUGUAAAUGAGCGUCCUUUCUAUGUUUUUUUCUUUUCUAAAUGAUUAUAUAUAAGUUUAUACCUUA